CAUCUUAUCGCAACGGCACCCUAUCGCCUCAUCUUAUCCCCCGCCUCCUCCUGCCGCUGCUGCUCACUCCCGACGCACGAAGCUCCCAUUCCCAAGAGCAAUCCAUGGCGUCCACCACCCUCUCCUCCGCCUUCACCCUCCUCUCUCGCCCCUCCACCUCCCCUUCCCCCACCGCCUCGCUCCCGAGGUCCUCCCUCGCCGUGCCCCACUGCCGCCGGGGACGCCGCGCCGUCGCCGCCGCGUGCACCGCCACCGAGUCCCCCAAGAUCUUGGAGCUUGGGGACGCCAUCGCCGGGCUCACUCUCGAGGAGGCCCGCAGCCUUGUUGACCACCUCCAGGAGCGGCUCGGCGUCACCGCUGCGGCCUUCGCACCGGCCGCCGUCGUCGCGGCGCCUGCCGGCGCGGGGGCCGCCGAGGAGGAGGCCCCCGUCGAGAAGACGGAGUUCGACGUAGUAAUUGAGGAGGUUCCCAGCAGCGCGCGUAUCGCCACUAUCAAGGUGGUGCGCGCGCUCACCAGCCUGGCGCUCAAGGAGGCCAAGGACCUUAUCGAGGGCCUCCCCAAGAAGCUUAAGGAGGCCGUCAGCAAGGACGAGGCCGAGGACGCCAAGAAACAGCUCGAGGAGGUCGGCGCCAAGAUAUCUAUCGUGUGACACUAGGUAUAAUAGGACUCCUUUUUUUCUUCAAUUUCUUUUCUUUGCAUCCCAAAUCUUUUGUAUCCCCACCCAUUGUCGUUCAUAAGGAAUUGCUGUUUCAUGAUAUGAGAUUUGUGUAUGUGUCAAUUCGCUAGCUCAUAUGUGCGUGAUGUAUCUCUGCCUUGAAUUGACAGUGAAUGCGAUAUGCUCUAAACUGGUAAUGUAUAUCUGCCUUGUUGGCACUGUCAUUAAUUCAUGAUGGAUUGAUGGUGGACAAAUGAA